AUGACUCAGUGCAAGUCAAUGACCCAAAAUGAUAAACCUUGCUCCCGGAGCGCCCUUAAAUCUGAUUUCUGUGAACAGCACGACAAGGAUGCUAAAAUUAUCAUGUAUCGAAAAGAACUGACCAAGAUGCAUCAGCGCGUAAGGCGAUAUUUAGAAAUCAGCAAUGAUCUCCAUUCGAAGAUGAUGGAUAUUCAAAGGCUUGACUAUUACAAGUCUGAGCUGAUCAAACUCGCCGGUAAUGGAGUACCAUUCAGGGCAAUACUCAGCAAUUCUUAUUUUAAGGAUCAGAUCGAAGCGUUAUUUGAAAUGAGUAUGGCUGAAGCUCGCGAUGAGUAUGAUCGCCUGCUCAAACGGAGAAAUCAGUUGGUCCAUCCGCAUACUAUCGAUGGUUGGGCUGGUAUGCGAUAUUGUAGAAUUUCAUGCUAA